GGUUGUUUGGCCCGUUUGGCUCACACUCUGCAAAAUGGCGACGUCCCUGGGAUCCAACACCUACAAUAGACAGAACUGGGAAGACGCGGAUUUUCCAAUUCUGUGUCAGACAUGUUUAGGAGAAAACCCUUACAUCCGUAUGACCAAGGAGAAGUAUGGAAAGGAAUGCAAGAUCUGUGCUCGACCCUUCACUGUGUUCCGAUGGUGUCCAGGAACACGAAUGCGUUUCAAGAAGACAGAGGUCUGUCAGACCUGCAGUAAAAUGAAGAAUGUUUGUCAGACAUGUCUGCUGGACCUGGAGUAUGGUUUGCCCAUCCAGGUCAGAGACACUGGGCUGGCAGUUAAAGAUGAGGUUCCUAGGUCAGAUGUGAACAAAGAGUACUACACACAGAACAUGGAGAGAGAGAUAGCCAACUCUGAUGGCACAAGGCCGGUGGGCCAGCUCGGUAAAGCGCCCAGCUCGAGUGAUAUGUUGCUGAAACUGGCUCGGACCACACCAUAUUACAAGAGGAACCGGCCGCACAUCUGCUCCUUCUGGGUGAAGGGAGAGUGUAAGAGAGGGGAGGAGUGUCCAUACAGACAUGAGAAGCCCACAGACCCUGAUGACCCUCUAGCCGACCAGAACAUAAAGGACCGUUACUACGGCAUCAAUGAUCCAGUGGCUGACAAAUUGCUGAAACGGGCCUCAACUAUGCCCCGACUGGACCCACCGGAGGACAAGUCCAUCAGCACCCUCUACAUAGGGGGUUUGGGAGAUACUGUCACAGAUGGAGAUCUCAAGAGUCAUUUUUACCAGUUUGGUGAGAUUCGCACCAUUACCAUAGUCCAGAGGCAGCAGUGUGCCUUCAUCCAGUUUGCCACGCGGCAGGCAGCUGAAAUGGCGGCUGAGAAGUCCUUCAACAAACUCAUCAUUAAUGGGCGGCGGCUCACUGUCAAGUGGGGAAGAUCUCAGGCAGCAAGAGGGAAGGAGGGUAUCAAAGAUGGUGUCAGUGAGAUGGGCACCAGGCUUGAUCCUGUACCUGGACUUCCUGGAGCUCUUCCUCCUCCACCAGCCUUAGAUGAAGAGACUCCUGCAAACUACUUCAACCUGGACCCCAGCACUUCUCCUGCUGUCAUGAACAUUGCUCUGCCUCCACCUCCCGGCAUCAACCCACCUCCUCCAGGUUUUGGGCCUCCGAUGUUUCACCCCAUGGGUCCCAUGGCUCCACCUAUGCCCCCUCCAAUGAGCAUGAGACCUCCUGGUCAAAUCCACUACCCCUCCCAGGAUCCUCAGCGCAUGGGCGCUCAUGCCGCACAUGGCUCCCGUCAUGGAGAUUAGCUGCUAGAGUGAAAUCAUACUGUGAUUAGGUGUCAUUCUUAUUCUUGCGUCAAACCUGGUCAGGUGCUUUCACCUCAGAUGCUGUCAGUGGGUCUGAAACCUGCAGACCACUCCUGUGAAAAACACACUGUACAGAAAACCGUUAUCUCGUACAGGAUAUAACUUGUGAUUUAUUAUGCCACCUGCAGUGCAGCGAAUGAACUGAAUGAGGACCAUCUGUGUCUGGAGAGACGACAACCAGGAUGUUACAGGAUGAAUUUGUCACCACUUGCAGUUUAAAAAGUACCAGAGCAGCAUCUGAACAGUUGAAGUUAACACGGUAAAAGACUGGAGGCAUGAGAGUGCCGGCCAGUGUGAUCGGGGCCAUGUGGUUUUUACAGGCUCCCGUGGUUGGAGCCGUUGUACAUAUAAAAAUGUAUACUGUUGCUUAAACUUGUAUUUGUCACAUUGUGCAAAGUAUCAUGUAGAGUAAAAUUCUGAGGAGCAUUUUUAAACCUGUUCAUUUUCAGUUUAUUGACUUUUUUUAUUUGACACAAUCUCAAUAUUCCACAGCAUAACGACUCAGUUUAUUGUUAGGCUUUCUUUGAAUGUUGUUUUCACUUUGUCAUUAAAAUGACACAAUUUUGUCAUUAAUCAUC